AACAGAGGCGUCUCCAAGAAGAGCCACGCGUUCCUGCCCAAAAUAUUCCGGAAGAUGUCUACCCAGUCGGCCAAGGAGAGGCCCGAGGGGCUGCAGUUCCCCUUCCUCGACGACGACGACACCGUCGCCACCGUCAAAGAGUCCAAAACCUUCUUCAUUUUGAGAGGCCUCCCGGGCAGCGGGAAGUCCACGCUCGCCCAGGCCAUCCAAGACAGGUAUAAAGACGCCUGCAAGGUGAUUUCCGUCGACGCCUACAAAAUCGUCCCCGCGAUAAGAAGCGCCAUCCCUGACGAGUACGCAAAAGUCGAUGACGAACUAGUUGAAUAUUGCAAGCGAGAUGUCGGCGUCAUCGUCUUGGACGACACUCACCACGAAAGGGAGCGACUGGAUCAGCUGUUUGAGAUUGCUGACAAGUACCGGUACAAAGUCAUCUUUGCAGAGCCAAAGACGCAGUGGAGAACGGAUUGCUUGCAGCUCAAGGAGAAGAACCAAUGGAAACUGUCCGUGGAAGAGCUGAAGAAGAUGAAGCCGAGCUUGGAGAAGGAAUUCCUGCCCAUGUAUUUUGGGUGGUUUUUGAGUAAAAGAAGUUCAGAGAUCCUGCGGAAGACUGGCCAGGCCUUCUUAGACGAGCUCGGAAGCCUUAAAAACUUCAAAAAGGAGAGCAAAUACUUUGCUCCUGCUAUUGAAGAUCCCAAAAUAAAAAUAGAUCUCACCAGCUACUUUGUGAAGAGGCCUCCCGGCGUCCUGCACUGCACCACAAAAUACACGGAUUUCGGGAAGGCGGCUGGCGCCGAGGAAUAUGCACAGCAAGAAGCUGUGAAGGCCGCCUACGGCAGAGGCUUCACCUUGUCCAUCUCGGCUCUGUUCGUCACCCCAAAGACUGUCGGGGCUCGCGUGGAACUGAGCGAGCAGCAGCUGCCGCUGUGGCCGGCCGACGCCGACAAGGUGACGCCGGCGGACAACCUGCCCAAGGGCAGCCGGGCGCACGUCACGCUGGGCUGCGCCAGCGGCGUCGAGGCCGUGCAGACCGGCCUCGACCUGCUCGAGUUCGUCAAGCUGGAGAAGGCAGGGAACAAGGGCGAAGACAUGGGGGUGCUCGGAGGAGGGAAGCUGCAGUAUUUUAACAACGGGAUGUGGAUGCUCGUGCUUUCGAAGAAGGUCGACGUGAGGGCCAUCUUCUCGGGCUACUACGGCAAAGGGAAGCUGGUGCCGACGCAGAGCACCAACAAGCGGGGCUCUGCUUUUAGCUCCUGCACCAUCAUCUAACAGCGCGGGCAGGAGAGCUGCUUGGUUUGCCACCAUUUGUAAUUUUUUUCUUUUUUUUUUUUUUUAAAGCAAGUAACUCCUGUAACCUUUAAAAUUGUAAAGAGAAAUAAUUGUACCUUUACUAAAUAAGUCCUUUUGCCAACUGUGGUACGUGCCCAGGGAGACAGUUUAUCAGCCUUGGGAAGGAAACGAGCAGCUCCUGACUGACAAAACCUACCAAAUAGAUCAGAACAGUCGAAUAGAUAAAAAUGUCAAUAGCUGAAGCGCUGAAUGCUUUUCAAGCGGAGGAGUUCUGAGGAGACCUAUCCGUGCUGCUCUGCUUGUUACUUCCUCAGAGGAAGAUCUCCCACCGUCUUUCCUAGCUUCCCUACGAGCCACAAUCGUUAGAUGGUGACGUGCCGGUCCCACGUGAGCGAGCAGUGGCAGCGCGAGGCCUGCAGCGGGUGGCACAGCAGGCGACGGGAGCUGCAGGACGUCUCCUCUGCCUUCCCCAAAGCCGAGGGACGAACGGUAGCAAGGCUGGUAGUUGACGUAGUUGCCAAAACCCAGGAAGAGCCAAUUCUGGGUAGUUUCUGCACACGUGCCCGUCGCUGCUCGGUAGUCCCGUCCCUCCGAUGACGGAUUCACGGCGGGGGCCGGGAUUACGCAGAAGCCCCGACGAGGGGCCGACCUCUUGUGCGUGCCCCGGAGCAGCCACCCCAGCUCCGUGCUCAGCUCCUUGGUGUGCAGGCGGUGGACAGACAGACACGGCCUUACCAGAGGGUGUCUUAAAGACAUCUACUAGGGGCUGAAAGGGAAGCCACAGACAGGGAAAGGAGCCAAGUUUCUGGAGCCACGUUCAGCUCCUGCACCCUGCAGCCCCAGCGCUCCUCGUGGCAGGUGCCAGAUGGGCCGAACCAAGUGCUGCCCAGCACCCUCAGCCUGUAGGGAACAAUCCUGCCUCGGCAGGGAGCGGAGGAGAUACCUAGUGUCUUUCCAUCUUAUUUUAUAGAAACUGAAAUCGUGUCUGAAGUAUAGACCCGUACUUCAUACAAGAUUUUACUACUUUUAUCUAAUGUACUUGAAUGGUAAUGUUACUUCCAUCCUAACUGUUGUAAUUUAGGAAGUAAAUGGAGGUUCUGUAACGACAUAACUUAAGCCUGCUCGGAUCUAAUUUUUUUUCCAGCUUAUGUUUUGCUCUUAGCGAUGCCGUUCGCCAGUCGGUCCCACCUCGUCACUCCCUUGCACUCGCUCAGCUAACGGCUUUCAGGCCACAACGGUGGCUCGGGCUCACAGUGUGGAUGUUGAAGCUAACCCGGCACUAACAGGGCUGCGCUUACGGUGCUGGGGAGGCGCAGGCUGCGUUCCUCCCUGCGACGGGGCCGAGCGGGGAAGCGCUGCGCGAGCUGCCAGCUAAGGCACGGGAGCUCCUGCUGUGUCAAAAAACAACGGAGAACAGAAGAAAUUCUCAUUACACCUUCAAAAAACCCCAACCCUCCGCACCAUAACCCAGCCCCUGCCUUACCUGCGCCCAAGUAAGAGCUGCUGGCUUCUCUCGAGCUAUUCCAUGAACCCCCCAGGAAAAGCA